GGCGACCUCGGAAGAGCAGGAAGGGACUCAUGAGACGGGGCACCGAGAUUGACAUCUGCAUGCUGCUGAAUGACAGAUUAAUGCCGGUCGGAAGAAGGUCUGCUUCAUAUCUACAAUGGCGUGUUGCUCACCGUUGAGGCCCGCUUCCGCUGUGCCUCCGGUGGACAUCCUCGGGGAAGCCGAAGUCGGCGCCUAACUUUGGGAUCCACUCAUGCGAAGCCAAAACCAGAGAGCGAGGAAGAAGAUGGCAGGUCUGAGCCAAGCAAGCCCAACCGGUUCUCCCACUACAGGCCCUCCCAAGUGGCUCGCUCAUGGCCAUGGCCGUGUCCUCUACCCCCUGUUCACCAUCCUCAACAUCGUCCUCAUACUCCUCCUCUACUACUACCUCUGGCGGAUAUUCUGCAGAAGGUCUCAGCGGUUGAGUGACGCCGCCGCCGCUGCCGCCGCCGCUUCUUCCUCCACCGCCAGCUCUCCCUCGCCCUCCCUGCGCAACGACAGGGUUAACCCUGACGUCUUCUCGUCGCUACCGGACUUCCUCUACUCCGCGUCGGGGGAGGAGAAGCAGGAGUGCGUAGUGUGCUUGUCGGAGUUCAAGGAUGGCGACAAAGGGAGGCUGCUGCCGAUAUGCGGCCAUAGGUUCCACGCCGACUGCAUCGACAUGUGGUUUCGGUCACAGGCCACCUGCCCCAUCUGCCGAUCAGCCGUGGGAAGCAAAGCUCAGGGAUCAGAUGAGGCAGCAUGAUCGAUCCCAUGUUCUUGUACUUGAAACGAGUCGGUGAUUGCUCUUCUAGCUUAGAUCUAUCACGAUGUCCUUCGGACUGUCGUCUUUGAUUCUUACACGCAAUCUUCACCGGAUUACCUUCCAACUCCACUCAUUUCUUGAUCUUGCAACUCAAAUCCCUGUGUCAGAGAUCUACUCGGUACGAUUGAGAGCUUUUAUUUCUCUAAAUGAAUCGACAAAUUGAGAUUGCGGCUA